GGGGCAGCCUGCGCGCGCGCGCUCCCGCAUGCAAAUGAGCGGGCGUGAGGUCAGAGGCAGUUGGAAAAGGGAACAGGCAGAAUGGCCGCCGCGGCUCCCGCUCUCGGCGCCUCGCAGUGCCGGAGCCCCCGCUGCACGGCGGAGCGGAGGGGAGUCCGCCGCGAACUCGACUCCUGGCGGCACCGGCUCACGCACUGUGUGGGUUUUGAAAGUAUUUUAGAAGGGCUUUAUGGACCAAGGCUACGAAGAGACCUCAGUUUAUUUGAAGACUGUGAACCAGAAGAUGUGACUGACUGGUCUAUGGAUGAAACAUGUUCCUUUUGUAAUUUACAUAAAGAAACAGUCAGUGAUCAUACAACAGUUAUUGGUUCUUUGCAGUCAACACCUACAGAGGAAUUAUCAUCUCAGGGCCAGUCCAACACUGAUAAAAUUGAGUGCCAAGCAGAGAAUUACCUAAAUGCACUCUUUCGCAAGAAAGAUCUUCCUCAGAACUGUGAUCCUAACAUUCCCCUAGUUGCUCAGGAAUUAAUGAAAAAGAUGAUUCGUCAAUUUGCAAUUGAAUACAUUUCAAAAAGCAGUAAAAUGCAAGAAAAUAGAAACGGUUCAUCAUAUGAUAUGAGUCUGAUACGCAAAGAUAUUCAAAUCAACCAAACAGAAAAUUCACUUCAGGAAGAACAGGAUAGCCCUCUAGACCUCACUGUGAAUCGAACUCAAGAGCAGGAUACUCAGCAAGGGGAUGAAGUGCUAGAUCUCUCUACAAAGAAAGCAAGCUUGGAACAGUCAGCAUAUGAUGGAUCAUGUUCUGAAAAUUCAGUGUUUGGUUCAAGUACAGCAGCUGGUGCAAAAUCAGAGGAAACAACUAAAUUGGAAAGAGGAAACUCUGCUCUAAGCAAGGUUUUGGCAACGUUAUGCUCGUAUCAUUGGCAUCAGAUUUUAGCUAUGUUGAAUUUUUUAAUCCAGGACCCAUGUAUUCAUUCAGUUUGUAAUUAUCAACUUCCGGGUACUAUAUUUUAUGAAACAGCUGAAGAUCAUGCGCACAUUCCAGUCUGCAGUUUUGAAGGCAACAUGCUAAUCAAAAGGUGCUGUUUACAGAAUCAAAGACCAAAUAUUUGUUCACCAUCUCUGUCAGUCUGUAUGACUGAUACAGAUAGCUUGUCAGGCCAAUCUGUGGCUUUUGGACACUUUAACACUGUGGUGAGCAAAGGGAAUCCUGUGCCUUGUAGUCCUAAUGGAUGCCGUCCCAAACAGUUACAACAGUGUAAACUCCACUCUGCUAAACCUACACUUUGUAUGCAUCUCUGUUCAACAGGGCAAAAGACUAAUAAAGUUAGCAGAGCCCGCAGCCCUUCACCACCAUCUUUGUCACCUGUAGAAACUGAUGAGUGUGACUCUUUGGGAAAAUCAGUUCAAGAUUCUUCUUCCUUAGAUAAGAGACUUGAAAUGAGUAAACAACCUCCAUCCCUCCUACCAGCUGAAAGAAUUUUUUCUUCAUUUGAACAGAAAGAUGGUAUAUUCAUCAUAGAAGCGGUUGGUAAUUUGGGUGAAACCCUUCUAAGUGCAAAUCAAGAAAACAGCCUUAUAAAUUCUGAAAAGCUUGAACAAGUUGAAAAUGCCCCUUUUCAAGACUUAAUGGACAGAAUCAAUGAGAAAUUGAAAUCAAUAGAAACUGCUAAUACUACAAAUGUGUCAAGAAUGUCCAAGAAUGAAGGGGGAACAGAAGCCGAUAUUAAAUUGCGGAGCUUCAUAACAUCUCUCUUACAUGAUGCUAAGCCAAAUGAUGACAGUUUUAUGGAGUUACUGAACCAACAUGACAAAGAUGUAGAAAAUAAAAUUAUCCAAACAAGAUUUCGAAAACGGCAGGAAACCUUGUUUGCUAUGCACAAUUCCCCUGAUUCUUCUCUAUUUAGACGGCAGUCUUUGCAAAUUAAGAGAGAGUUGGCUAAUCUUGAUGAAACCUUCAUUAGGAAAAAGGCAAAUUCAGAUAGGAAUGCAAAAAAGCUUGUAAAAAAUGACAAACCAUCACCAAACAAAAUUGUCAGUCAUAAUACAUUAAACCACCUUGAUUUAGAAAAUCAAGAAAAUAAAGAGAAGCUAUUUUCUCCCAUCAAGUCACCAUUUCUGCCAGUAAGUCAACAAGAGUCACUUGAACAAUCUCAGAAUAGCGCAGGAACUGAUUCUGGUUUUGUGACAUUUUCAGAAAGAAAUUGUACAACAUUCCAAACUCACUCGGAUGAAAUGCAGAGUUGUGGGGUUGAUCUGCAUGUGGAUACUGUUCCUGUAAAGAGAGAUGAUGACAGGUUACUGGAAAGGACAAAACAUACCAUUAUCCCUCCCAUGUGGUGCUCUGUGUAUGUAACAAACAAUGUUUUGUUUCAAAAAUCUUCACCAACAAAAACUCAUCCUUACUGCAUGGAAAAAGAUAAAACACUUACAGAUUUUCAGGUGAAAACAUGUAGCAAUAGAGAUAUAAACAAGAUGGUGCAAAACACAAAUCUACAUGUUGUUGUCGAGCGUUUGGAAGAUACGUUACAUAUGGCCCAAAAGGUGAAACCCCCCUUUUUUAAUGGUUAUACAGUAUCCAGCAAACUAAAAGAUAUUCACAAGUCUGAUGCCAACAACAAUUCUAAAAGUGGCCUUUUUAUUAUGAGUGAAACUGGAAGUGAGGGACAAUAUUUCCUAUCACAAGCUCAUGUGCCAUUUAGCAGUAGUAACAGAAAGGAGUGUUUAUCAACAAAAGAAGAAAUCUCUGAUGAAGAAUAUAAAACCCUUUGGAAAUCAUCAAACUCACUUGACUCAGAUGCAUUGGCUUCAAGUAAUGAGGAUUUACAAGCAAAUUCUGAUGUUGGGAAUAAUUCACCUACAACACUAAAUUACACCAGUCCUAUAAAGCUUAUGUUUCUUUCAGAAAUUAGCAGUAGUGAAGGAGUCAAAUAUACAUUAAAGUCUGUAAAUGAUUCUUCUAAAUUAAACAUUGAUCUUUAUUCUGUUCAUGAGAAAACAAAUGUACCAUCAGAGAACCAAUCGGAAACCAAGGAUCUUGGUAAAAAUGUUUCAGUUGAAGAACACAGGUGUAAUGAAAAUGAUAAUAAACAUGAAGUGAAUUCUGGUUUUCCUACAACUAAUGAAACAAACAUUAGUGAACACAAGCCAAGUGAAGAAGCCAUAGAACAAAGCAACACCGGAUCCUCCCUAAAAAGAAAACCUGGCAGACCCAAAAAAAUAGGUCCUCAAGUUGUAAAACAGUUUAAGCGACCCAUUGGUCGACCUCCAAAGCCUAAGGUAGCUGCUCCUGAAAAUAUCAACUGCAUGAGUGACUCCACUAGCAGUAGUAAAAAUGGAAGCUCUGAUGCAGAGCUUUUGGAGGGGGAGAGCAUUAACAAAAAUAUUACUGUGACAGUUGUCUUUGGAAGAUCACGAAGGACUAAGAGGUGUGUUUCAGAAGGCACGGUAAAUGUAGUCAAUGUGGUUCCAGAUCAUCAUCGUGAUUGUGAUGUUCUAUGUGAAUCUGCUCAACUAAAGAACUCGGAAACCAGGGACAGUUUGUUAAACAAACAUAUGCCAAAUUCUACAUCUGGUUAUGCAUAUGUUAGGCCCCUUGAGAGCAGCCCAGUAGUAGCAUCCCAUUGCAGCAGUAUCAUAAGACCAAACCAGAAGCCUUUAAAUAUAAUUAGAAAACCUGGCAGACCAGCAAAAGUAAAAAUAUCUGGCAUAUCAGUGACUGUUAAUCAGAUUUCAUCUCAGGAAAGAAAAGUGAGUAUCAGCAGCUGCCUGCCUCCUUUAGAACAAGAGACUGUUUUAGAAAAAAAUGAAUCUUUUGAGAAGGAUAAUAAGCAGUGCAAUAAGCGGUAUGCUUCUAAAGGUAUAUGGAAUGACACAGAUGUGGAUUUUUCAUGUAAGAAGAUUUUAGCUCCAAAAAAACCUGAAAUUCCUUUGAGGCAGUCUCUUAGAGAUAGAAGACCCUCACUGUCUUUCUUACAUUCUUUAACAACUUCUAGUCCGUUGUCUUGCAGACGUGCCUUUCCACACAAAUCAUAUAAAUUCUGUUUGAAAAACAGAAAUAAAAAAAAACAGCAUCACUCAAGCAUGGUGCCCAAACAUAGCUCAGUAAAAAAAGAGCCAGAAAAUACGAAAAAGGGUUCUGAACAUAGUAAAUUGAGGUCCAUUCAUGAAAUGUCAUUGGAUCCCAUCAUUUCAUCCAAUUCUCUUAGGUGGUGGGACCCUUCCAUUUCUAAUGAUUCCUUGCUGAAAGAACUGAACAAUAGAUAUGAUCAGAUAACAAAUACUUGGCUAAAUGUGAAUGGAGAGGAAUUUGGAAAAUGUCUGUAUGAUGAAGAAGAGUGUCAUCGUGAACAAGAUUGUAGCAUGAAAGUAUCAAACCCUUUGGAUUCCUGUAUUUUGCAGCUUGAGCAUUCACCUAUAAAAAUGCUUUUCCAGAAAAAAUGCACUAUAGAUGAAUUGUGCACGUGGUUUAUGCAGACAACAGAAACACAGUCACUGUCAUUAGUGAGAAAAGCGAAUGCUCGCAAUCCUUUCGAAGUAAUUAGUACAAAACAGUUUAAAAUGGGAACAAGACAAUAUGAUUGUAAUCCUAGUCCUUUGAGCAAGCACUUUAAAAAAUUUGCACUAUCCUCACCCUCAAAAUCUGCAGGGGAUUUACAAAUAGUAAAAUCUCAAAUCUUAAACAGAAAACAUAAUUAUACACUAGCUAAAUUUAGAAAAACAAAAUUUGAGAAUAUUCAACAUGAACGGUGGAGAAAAGUGAAAAAAUUGUAUAAUCACAGAACAAGUGACUGGAAAUCUAAAAGAAGAAGCUUGCGGUUCUUCUGCCAAAGUCAGAGUUUUGCUAAUGCAAACAGGAAAAUUAACACCCAGUUGUGCAUGAAGCACAGAAAUGGUACUGUACAACCUAAACCACCCUCAAUUUUGCUAGAACCUCAUACAAUCACUUCAGCAACUGGAAAUGAAAUUGGAGAUGCCUUUUGUCAACAGAAAACGCAACUGACUGACCUCAACACAAACUCUGGAUUCAGAAAUAAUUGCACAUCAAGCACACUGUUAGCAUAUUGUAACCAGCAAAAGAGUGAAAAAGAGCAGACCCCUGGUGAAGAUAGUUGGAGAGACAAGGCCUUUAAGAAUUGCAGAAUAUUUCUGAAGAAGAUCAGUCCUGUUGAAGAGCAGUGGCCACUUAAUACAACUCCUGCUUUUUGUACUCCUAAAUCUGUUAAUCAUAGUACUGGUCACAGCUACUUUCAAGAGAAACCCCACUGUACUCUGAGAUCCCAUUCUGCUAAGCAAAGCACAUCUGACAAUUGUGAAAAGAACACAGAAGCAUCUAAAGCUGCAGAGUAUUCCACCUUGGUGAAAGGGAUGCAUAUUGGACGAGACAGCAAGAAAUCAAGCAAACGUGUCAGUGUUGAUGAUGGUUCUUCCGAGGUUCAAAAAAAAAUGAGUAAGCAGAGGAAGACACAGUGCAAGCUCACUGACCUGGGUGUAAGACAACGGAGUACGAGGCAGUUAUGCAGUGCUGGCCAAGUAUCAAGUUGUUACUCAAAAUACCAGCUGGGGCCUCUUAAACCUGUUGGACUGCCUUUGCUGGGUGGAUUUGCAAGCAAAGCUGUUGAAUACUCCAUGAUCCCAUUUCAGUUGCCUCUUCAUGGAAGCUCCCAAGUCUAACAGCAAAACCCAUGAAUGGUCAAGAUGAGUCCCUCUGUCACAUAGUCUUUGAUUCACAUGAAUGAUUGUAAAAAAACAUGAGCAAGUCAUUGCUGUAGUAACUAAAUGGAUCUGCGUCAAAGAGACGCUUUUUUGGAAAGAGUUUAAGAGCUAAUUCCUUUCUGGAAGCUGUGAUUUAAUCAUGUUCCUGUUGAAAGUGUUGCAAGGCAGCAUGAUCUACUGGGUUAGACCUACUUCUGAUGUUCAGGCACAGUCUUUUGGAAAGCUGCCUUGGGAGAUUGGGCCCGUUCCUGUUACAGGAAAGUAUCUUUGACUUCACUUCUGAAUGUGCAUGCCAAAGUUUCUUAAGGAUGGUUAGCCAUUCCAUUGUGAUGCCCACAAGUUGCAUGCUUGGCAGUCUGGCUUCCUGAUAUAUAUAUAUAUUUCUCAACUACAUGAUGAAAUUGUUGUUGAGCUGUUUUUAUGUGACAUUCUGCAUGCAUCUUUAAGAUGCAUGUCUGUCAUAAAAAGAAAGGAAAA